AUGUACAGUCAAGGCCACCAGGCUCAACAUGCGGCCAUGUUGAAUGGCAGCCAGACCCACCAACGGUUUGCGAUGCAAAUGCCCAAGUUUCAACACCAGAACCACCAUCCUCAUCAUGCACAACAACACCAUCACACUCACCACAACCAAGCGACUCAUCAACUCAGCCAUCAACCGAACUUCCCCGCCGGCGCCUUAGCAAGCACAACUCCUCAUUUUACUCCUAGCCACAUACAGAAUGGAACACCCGGGAACGUUGAAGACGAAAUAGACGACUCCAUAAACGAACACUGGCAACAGCAAUUGCAGCUUGCCAAUGAAGCUAGACAGGCAACAUCCCCUCAUUACUACGCACGGACAAUUGCUCAACAGACAAAAGGCAUUCAAAUUGCUCCGAGCACGGCAGAUGGAAAUGAUACCUCCAACGACAACCGGCCGAGCGCGGUGGCCUCCAAGGACAGCAAGAGACAGGGUUGGACGGCACUUGAUUUCACAAGUCAGGGACUCCGUGCUAUAUCUACAGCCCUUUUCAAUUACAAAUUUUUGAAUAAACUGUACUUGAGCAACAACAAGCUGAAAGCGUUGCCACCUGCGCUUGGCCAACUCCGCAGCUUGACACACUUGGAUGUGUCGGCUAACGAACUCACCGAAUUGCCUGUCGAGAUCGGUAUGCUCACAAAUCUACGCACACUCUACGCAUUUGACAACCAUAUACGAAGCCUUCCAUAUGAACUGGGUUAUCUUUAUCGACUAGAAAUGUUAGGCAUUUACGGCAAUCCGUUGAACGAGGUCUUGAUGUCUCAGAUCAAGACUCAUGGCACAAAGGCUCUUAUCAAAUAUUUGAUUGAAGAAAUGCCAGUGCAUCUUCCUCCUUCUGAUCGAGACUGGAUCGUUCUCGACGAAACCAAGUCCUCCCAAGCUCAAGCAGACAAGUUCACCGUUCUAUCAUACAACACUCUGUGCGACCAAUCGGCAACUCCAUCACACUAUGGAUAUGUUCCAUCGCGCGCCUUGGCGUGGGAAUUCCGAAGAGACCUUAUUCUCAACGAGAUUCGAAGCCACGAUGCGGAUAUUGCUUGUCUCCAAGAAAUCGACCAAGGAAAUUACAACGACUUUUUCAGAGAACAGCUUGCAUACAACGACUACAAAGGCGUAUACUGGCCUCGUGGCCGUGCCAUGGGUAUGCAUGAAGAGGAAGCUAAGAGCGUUGAUGGCUGUGCAACAUUCUUCAAGGCUAGCAAGUAUAUUCUUCUAGACAAGCAGUUGAUCAACUUUGGCCAGACAGCUGUGCGGCGACCAGAUGCCAAGGGUCAAGAUGAUAUUUACAAUCGUCUUUGGCAAAAGGAUCACAUUGCUGUCGUGGUGUUUUUGGAGAACCGAAUGACCGGAACGCGGUUGAUUGUCGUCAAUGCUCAUCUUUACUGGGAUCCGGCAUUCAGAGAUGUGAAACUCAUUCAGACGGCCAUCUUGAUGGAGGAGAUUACGAAACUCUCCGAGAAGUAUUCCAAAUUCCCGCCAUGCACAGACAAGACGGCAUUCCGAUUUUCAGAAGCCGAAGAUGGUGCACGCGAGGCCACAACCCCGGUCGAGCCUGCGCCGUCUGCUGAUUACACAUCCGGCGACCAAAUUCCGCUCUUGAUUUGCGGUGAUUUCAACUCUGCGCCGGGCGAAGCAGCAUACAACCUCCUCGCACACGGUGGACUGACAGAGGCACAUCCUGACCUGGAAAAGCGUCUAUACGGCAACCUAAGCCGCGUCGGCAUGACCCAUCCGUUCAAACUCAAAUCUGCAUACAGCGCCAUUGGUGAGCUGUCCUUUACGAAUUAUACGCCUGAUUUCAGUUCCAUUCUUGAUUAUAUCUGGUUUUCGUCUACCGCCCUGCACGUGUCAGCGUUACUGGGCGAGGUGGACAAGGAGUAUCUCCAGAGGGUUCCGGGGUUUCCCAACUAUCAUUUUCCUAGUGACCAUCUCGCAUUGCUGGCGGAGUUUUCAGUCAAGGGGAAAAAGGGCAAGGUUAUAGAAGCGGAUUUUGGUCCGUCACGAGAUAGGUCGAAUUGA